AUGGAAAACCACACCAAGGUAACUGACUUCAUUUUGGUUGGGUUCAAAUCUCAUCCAGGAUCUCAACCCCUUCUUCUGUUCUCAACAAUCUGUGCUGUCACUGUGGUAGGAAAUGCUUGCACGAUCCUCACCGUUAGAAUGGACUCCAAGCUGCACACUCCCAUGUACUUUUUCUUAGAGAAUUUGUCAUUCUUGGACAUCUGCUAUUCCUCUAUCAUCACUCCUAAAGCAGCACUGACAUUGUCACUGCGCAGAAGUAUAUUUUCCUACAAUGGCUGUUCAUCUCAGAUGUUCUUCUCUCUCUUUGGCACAACAGAAGCCUUCUUCCUUGCUGUGAUGGCUUAUGAUUGCUUCAUUGCCAUCUGCAAUCCACUGCUGUACAAAGUCAUAAUGAAUAAAAGAUUUUGUGUUUUCAUGGUGGUGGGUUCUUAUCUGUCAGGCUGCAUCAAUUGCACCACCCAGACAGGCUUUACAUUCAGUUUGUCCUUUUUUGGGCCCAAAGAAAUAAACUACUACUUCUGUGAUGUUCCUGCAGUGAUGCAUGCCUCCUGCUCAGACACACUUGCCAAUGAAACAGUAAUGCUGUCUCUAUGUGGAUCAAUUAUUGUGGGCACUGCCUUUGUGGUUUUUAUCUCCUACGCUUAUAUAUUUACCACUAUUGUCCAAAUGCUUUCAGCUGAGAGCAGGCGCAAGGCCUUCACUUGCUCUUCUCACAUGCUGACCAUCAGCUUGUUCUUUGGGACUGUUUUCUUCACGUAUGCUCAGCCUGGGGCCACAACUUCACCUGACAAAAACCAUACCAUCUCUAUCCUCUAUAUUAUUAUUAUUCCUAUGCUAAACCCUUUCAUCUUUCAUCUAUACCCUCCAAAACAAGUAAAAGGGUUUCUGAAAAAACAGUUAAAAAGGAUAGGCUUUUUUAGUACCUUUACUAAGGAUGAGAAUGACCAGAGUACUCCCAGUGCCAAGACUGGGACCAGAUCAGAUCCACCCAAGGAUACUGUGGGAGCUGGCAGAGGAGCUCGCCAAGCGCUCUCCAUCAUUUAUCAGCAGUCAUGGUCAACCAGGGAGGUCACAGAUGACUGGAAACUCAUGAAUGUGGUGCCCCCCUACAAGAAGGGUCAGAAGGAGGAUCCAGGGAACUACAGGCCUGUCAGCCUGACCUUGGUGCCUGAAAAGGUCAUGAAGCAGAUCAUCUUGAAUGCCAUUACUCAGCACAUGUAG